AUGCAGAGUUUCAGAAAACCGUAUGCGCGGAAGAUUCUGAUCGCAACAAGCAUCAUAGUCGUACCAAUGAUCGCAUUCACCAUUGCAAUCAUUUGGGCCGUCUUCGCAAAGAAAUUGGACCGCGCAACUUGCCCGUACCCGGAAAUCUGCCCUGGCCCCGAACUCUUGAACGUCACUUCGAAUGCGAAUUAUUACGUCGACUUUGACGCUGGUCGACUCGCGUUCAUUUCCUCAUUAUCGGCAACGAUUAGCUUCGCACUUGUCAGUAUAUUGAUGAUGAUCUAUGCCUACUCUGCUGCAUCCCAGCUCCUGCGCUCUAGCGACGAUAGCGAUCAACGUACAGCGCUCCCCAGCCCCUACCAGGUCAGCUUACUGCUGCGCGUUCUUAACGCUGAAAUACUGGCAUUGGGUGAACUGUGUUGGGAGAAGGUCAAGCGAGUAUUCUGGAAAAGGGAGAAGGCAGAGAAAUUGCCAUCGGAAGAGCGGUCCUCUUAUGCUCUGCAGCGCAGCAUUGGGAUAUUGGCACUGUGCAUAACUGCCAGUAUCCUGAUUCAAGUUGCCGACACCUAUUUCCAUAUCGCCAUCACAUCCACUCCAUUUGUCCAAGUCAUAUCGCGCGACGUCGCCGAGCAUCAUUACAGCCGCCACCUAGCACCGUGGUGCAUCAAUCGGCCCGGAGCCGGAGUCAUGAAUAACAAAAACUUCUGGAGCUGCAGCCUCAACCGUGCACCGGAAACUGGAGCUUUUUCGCUAGCCAACAACAGUCUCGUGAACGACUAUGUUCUGGGGCCCAUGCAAGACUACCAUCUCAACUACACCGGCGAAGACGGCGCCCAAUUCGGCAUUGUCGGAGUUCCUCAAGCCCCUCAGGAAAUGGACUGGAAAGCCACUUCAUUCGCAGUGUCCACUCAUUGCUCAGCCAUGCCGAGAUAUUCCUGCGACCUUGGUGAGGAAUUGAACAUGCAGACCUUCAACUGCACGAAGGAUCGCAGCGGCGUCGAUCUGGACGGUAGGCUUACGGGUUACACGGCGCAAGAAUAUUACUUCGAUGUCCACAAAUACCUUAAGCACAAGGCGGCAUUCUAUGAUACGGACCUGGUCGGCAUUGAACAUGUGAAUACUACAGCCUACAACAUCACCGACGAGGGUGCUGAUGAGAUUUUUGCAAAUCCCUGGCACUGGAUCACUGUCCUCUCCGUCACGUCCGACGACGAGAAACGACAGAAGACAUUUUCAGAGGACAAUCGGGUAUGGCCCAAGUAUACAGGUGGGCUGGACCAUAUGUGGCUUCUGUGCAACUCUACGGUGUGGGAUGUCACAUAUACAGUCGUUGGCCAUACGGUCACCUCCCUUAAGAAAAGGAAAAGCAACGGAACAAUGGCCGGUAUUGCCUCCAUGUCAUCCUUCCCCAUCGCCUUCUUUGGAGCGGAGCUCAGCAUGGCGGUUGUUGCGGCCGGUACCGCCAACGACCCUGACGGCUUCAUCGAGACGUAUGCGCGCGAAACCAGCAAGAUAUACACGCGCAUGCUGGCCGCCAUGACUGUUACUCAGCCGGCUAGCCUAGCUCAGCUCCGUGUCUCCAAAAUCGUCACCAAGCUGCCCGUCAGUGCGCUAUGGAUUCUUGUCGUGGCGAAUAUGAGUUUCGUUGCCCUUGCGUUUGGAUUAACGAUUCUGGCGCUGAUGUCGGCUUCUGAGGACGUUUAUCAAGUGCACACACGCCUAAGUAUCACGGGCUUGGCUGCUGCGUUGUUUGAGAAUUCGCAUGCGGAAAAGGCUGUAAAGAGCGAUAGUGAGCUCUUUGAAGAGAGUUGUCCUGCCAAAGAUAGGCCUUUGAGAAAGGUCGGUGUGAGAAGGACGGACACUGGCGGUUCGUCAUUCCACGUUAUGGAAGUAUGA